AUGCCGGCUAACAUCAUCGAGGUAGACCUCACCCAAGUCUCCAAGUCGCUCGCCGUACUCGGUGGAUUCAUCGUUAUCUACGGCCUUUUGUCCUUCGUAGUGAAAGAGAGGCUAUAUCUCUCGGAGCCACUGCUCGCCGUGACAGCCGGAAUUGUCGUCGGUCCUUACGUCCUCAACUGGGUCGACCCCACCAGCUGGGGCACCGCCGAAGAGACAAACUAUGUCACCUACACGUUCACCCGCAUCGUCGUCGGCAUCCAGGUGCUCUUCUGUGGAAUAUCUCUACCAAAGGCGUAUCUGUGGAAGGAAAAGCUCUCACUAUGCAUCCUGCUGUUCGGCAUCAUGACCACGGCUUGGUUCGCUACAGCCUUGCUCAUCUGGGGCCUCAUUCCCAAUUUGACUUUCUUAGAGAGCCUCUGCAUCGCUGCAGCAGUGACGCCUACCGAUCCGGUUCUGGCGAAUUCGAUCACCACGGGCAGAUACGCUGAGAAGCACGUUCCUGCCAACGUGAGGAACAUCAUCGUUGCCGAAUCCGGCGCCAAUGAUGGCUUGGGCUUUCCGUUUCUCUACCUCGCUAUCUACUUGCUCGCCCGCACAGGCGAAGAUAUGGGAAGCAGCGUUGGCACCGAAGUCGGUCGCUGGGUCUAUGCGGUCGUUAUCUACCAGAUUCUUCUUUCGAUCGCAUUUGGCUCGCUCAUCGGGUAUCUGGCCAGGAAAUCACUCAAAUGGGCCGAAUCCAGGUCGUACAUCGACAAAGCCAACUUCUUUGCCUACGGUCUCGGUCUCGCCUUCUUCACCCUCGGAACCACCGGACUGUUUGGAUCGGACGACAUUCUCGCGUGCUUCAUCGCUGGCAACUCUUUCACCUGGGACGACUGGUUUCGGAUUCGUACCGAAGACAAUGACUUCCAAGAGAUCAUCGAUACAGUCCUCAAUAUGGCAGUAUUUGUGUACAUUGGUGCCAUCAUCCCGUGGGCCGAUUACUCGAACCCGGAACUGCAGUUGACUGGAUGGAGGGUCGUCGUUCUCGGUAUCACUGUUCUGCUGUUGCGUCGACCACCGUGGGUGAUUGCGGCGACGAAGCUGAUUCCUGCGCUGAGGGAUUUCAAGGAGUCGUCGUUCGCAGGCUGGUUCGGUCCGAUCGGCGUGGGUGCUGUGUUUUACAUUCAAGUGGCGCUCAAGCAGCUUCCUGACGAUGGGACGCGCGAUCGUUUGCGAGCGGUAUACUCACCUAUUGUGCUGUUCAUCGUCUUCUCUUCGGUCUUGACCCACGGCAUCACCAUCCCGAUCUCCAAACUCGGUCCUGGAGUGAUGCGUCGUACCGCUACGCUCACCAAGACGCGCUCCAUCACCUUUUCUCGACCCAUGAGUCGAAGCAACACCAUCCAACCCCAACGUGAUGGCUCUCCUGAGGGCGGUGAUUUGUCCGACAACUCUGACCGAUCGCAACAUGGUAUCCCGUCGUCGCAGAGUUCGUCGCGUGGUCAUGUCGGGUACGACUCCAGCGGAAAGCCACUCUGGAAUCCUCUGGUUGCGGUAGGGGAUUGGACUGUACACGUGUUUGCGUUUUGGAGGAAAGAUUCAUUUUGGAGAAAGGAAGUCUCGCCUGGCAAGCACGACGCGUUUUCGUCGCACAAGAAGGUGGACAAGACGGACAUCUCCGCUCCAACGAAAGUGGAAAGACAGAGAAAUGUCGAAGAGGAUGCUGUCACUAACGCGAUUAAUGCGAUCGAUGGCGACGGUGGCAGGGAGAAGGCGAGGUUGCCACCACCUGCUCUGGAGUUGCCUACCACUGUCAGUGCAGGAGACGCAGUGCAAAGUGCGGAAGGCGAAAAGAAACCAGAGAUGCCAAAGGUGACGAGGACCGUUUCGCCCAGAAGGUUCGCCAUCUUGAGGGCGUUCGACAAGGAGAUGAAUGCGGAGAGGAGCGAAGCCCUGUCGGAGGCAAAGCAGGGAUGGGAGAAGGGCGAGGCGAAGGAGCAAAAGAGGCUGGAGGAGAUGUUGAGGAGAAGUGGCGUCGUGGUCAAGGACGGGGAGACCUCGACGCAGGGAGCUCAGGUUGAUGGGGAAGCGCAGACGAACGGAGAGAGUGUCACAGUGCCGGAGCCUGCGCACACCGUGAGUGAAGAUGCCCAAUCAACCCAUUCUUCGCAGCGUAGGACGUUGCGUUUCAUUUGA